AUGUCCCACGGUCCACGGCUCUGGAGGGACCUUCUGCGCCCGCCGAGCACUCCCGACUUCAUGCUUGCCAUGUUUUCAAACGAUCCGGGCCACGCCGAUAACACCCCUCCUCCUGAUUCCGCGUCGACCGACUCAGGUCUCCAACACCACCUCGAAGGCUCCGGUCACGGCGACCACGAAAAUGAUGGCCCCGGAAAGAAGAAAAAAGGCCCCAAGCGUCGCAAAGUCAAUCAUGCCUGUCUCUACUGUCGUCGCAGCCAUAUGACCUGCGACGAGGGUCGGCCCUGUCAGCGGUGCAUCAAACGCGAAAUUGGACAUCUCUGUCACGACGAACGUCGUCCGCCUCCGAAGGACAAAGCGCCCUCGGCCAGUAGCGGGUCAAUCCCGAAUCCGCCAGUAGACGUUGCGCGAGCAUUGCCCGGAGCUGCGCAAUUUGCCCCGGCCCCAAUGGCGCCGGGUAUGAACCCUCAAUGGCCUGGUAUGGGUAUGAGCAUGGCACAGGGAGCGUUCUUGUACCAACCGGAAGCUCUGAAUGAAUUUUCUGUUUUAUCGGACUUCCUCGAGUCGUUAGACGACGGCUCCUUUUUCUCCCAACCUGGCGCUGUCGGACCUUCUCUCAUGUCUCCAACACCUUACAAUAACUCCGUGCCCCUCGGGGUUGACAACUCAUACCUUCCUCCUCCACCAACAUCCCAUCCAUCUGAGCCGCUGCCUUUGGCACCUGAGAGACCGCCAGAAGAGCCUGCGCCUGUUGUUCUCCCAGCCGCGACGAAGACUGAGAAGUUCUUCUUGACGGCAGCCGACCAAGCGUCGGGCUCGCGCAAUGAACGGCUCAAUAUGGUUAUUCGUAGCAAGUAUGAGGCUGGACUACUAAAGCCAUAUAACUACGUCAAAGGCUACGCACGUUUAUCUCGGUGGAUGGACAGAAACGUCUCUCUCGAAUCUAAGCAGAAGAUAUUGCAACCUCUGUCUGUGCUGAGACCCAAAUUCAGAGCGAUUGCUCAAUCUGAAUCUCUGACAGAUAUAGUAAGUGAAUUCAAAAUUCGUGCGUUCUCGGAUGCCGACCCGUCGCAGGAUCUGGUAUUCAUUGAGGAAGCCUUUGAGCGUCUACUGCUUGAUUAUGAUCGUGUGUUUUCGGCAAUGGCGAUCCCGGCAUGUCUAUGGCGACGCACGGGCGAGAUCUACAAGGCGAAUCGUGAAUUUGCGGAACUUGUCGGCGUAGACGGAUACAUGCUGCGGGAUGGUCGAUUGUGUAUCUACGAGCUCAUGGCGGAGGAUUCCGCAGUGAAUUACUGGGAGAAAUACGGCAACGUAGCAUUUGACUCAAAUCAGAAAGCCGUCCUUACAUCAUGCGUCCUUCGUUACAAGCCAUUCAUCCCCUCAUCAGGCUCUACAACCCCUUCCCGCGAUAAAAAUCAUCAGUCUCCCCAGACGGAGGAAGGCUUCAUCAGCUGCUGCUUUUCAUUUACCAUCCGCAGGGACCCAUACGGGAUCCCAACACUGAUUGUGGGUAACUUCAUCAAAUGUUAG